AAGAAAUCGCGGAAAGAGCGAGCGAGAGAUCGAUUCAUACAUCAAAAUCGAAACCACAAAACUCAGAGAAAAGAAUGGAAAAGGGAAAGGGAGUGAUGGGAGGGGGUAGAAGAUGGGCCGUUGAUUUCACUGACAGUUCCACCUCUCCUUCUUCCCGGGACAUCCCUGAUCCCCCUGGCUUCUCUCGCGCCUCCCUCGAUCAGGAGGAUUCAGCGGUGAGUCGCCAGAAGAAGGAUGCAGAAUCGAACUGGAAAUCUCAGAAAGCUUGGGAAGUGGCACAGGCCCCUUUCAAGAACUUGCUAAUGAUGGGCUUUAUGAUGUGGAUGGCUGGAAGUACAGUGCAUUUGUUUAGCAUUGGUAUCACAUUUUCUGCGCUUUGGCAGCCAAUUAGCGCCUUACAAGGGGUUGGGAAGGUUUUUGAGCCUUACAAAGACAGUAAAGUAGAUCUUCUUGGGCCUAAGUUACUCUUCAUUGCCCUUAAUUUGGGGGGUUUAGCACUGGGUGUUUGGAAGCUUAAUACUCUGGGUCUUCUUCCUACUCAUGCAUCCGACUGGGUUUCUUCCUUACCCCCUGCACAGGAGGUUGAGUAUUCUGGUGGGGGUGUUCCUCUACGUUGAUGUGCAUGUUUGGUUUAAUUAGGCCGUCAAUCUCUAAAUAGAAUGAAGGAGAGUUACUGGAGGCUGAGACUUUGGUAUUAUUGUUUAUUGGCUGAUUGCUUUUCACGCAUGGCCAUCAUGGACAAUGUGUCACAUUGAAUGUUCAAAUUUUAUCAAACAUUGUAGCUGAAUUUUGUGGCACCUACUGUCACUUGAUGCAUGGAAUAUUGACUCAA